AUGGCGAUCCUGUCUGAAAUCGUCCGCUUCAUCCUCCCACCCACAAAGGCCAAAGCCACCGAAUUCCACAAGCUGCGACAGCACGUCGCGCAGGCGUACAACGUCCGCGACCAGUAUUUUGGAAACACCAUCCGGACCGGGGCGCCGGGCGUGCGGGUCCGGGGCGACGAGAUGUGUUGGGUCAUUCACUGGCCACAAGACUCCAGCCUCGCCGAGAACGCGGAGCUGAAGGCUCAACUGAGACAGCUCACGCUCCCAUCUUCAGAGGGCGGCACCACCGACGGAAAAAACAGGGAUGUGACGUCUCUGCUCUUCCGAUUCGAAGACUCGCAAGUCCCAGAACUGAAGAAAGCGCUGGAAUCCCCCUUGUGCGAAUUCGCAAUCAACAACCUCACGCCGAACCACCCCCGCGGCGACGCCGCCUUCGUCACGUCCAUGCACAAGACCUUCACCGACUGCUAUUACACUCGGGGGUUCGUGGGCGGGAACUGGGCCUACGCGCUCAACACGGUCGACAAGACCGAGGGUGUUGUUGUCCCUGUCGUCGACGAUCUUGGUGGUGGUGCUGCUGCUGCGGUAGAUGCCGCCACAUCUCAGGACGAAACGGCGCAGCGCAAGGGAGAAAUCCCCCAGGACGAGCGCAGGCUUGCGUGUUACUACCUGGGCUGGGAAACGGUCGAGGACCAUCGAGCGUACACAAAGACGCCGCUGUUUCGGGAAGAGAUCGACAAACUCUCCCCAUAUUUCGCCCCUGGAACGGGAGCGUGGUACGUCAGGUUCGAAAAGCACUGA